AUGAACAUGAAGGCACUUACUGGUGUCGUCCACAGAACCGAAUCGCGGCUAUCUAUCCUUCGCUAUCUCCUCCCGCCCUCACUCGUCUGAAGACCUGCCUGAUGUGCCCGUCCUUGCUGGGCCCCCGCACCGUCCACAGACACUCAAACUCAUCAUCACUCACAAACCUCAUCUGCACACAGUACACGUCAUCCACACACACAUGCUCAGUGCACCUGACCUGCCCACCCUGCCCCUCAUCCCCGCCAUCGCCCCUCUCUAUCGAAUGAAAGUGCCGCAGACACCCGCACACCGCCCCCUCAUCUCCCUUGCCAACGGCAGCCAGCAGCUUUGCGAGGUCGUAAUCGGAGUCGACAAAGUACACGUCCGUCUUAAUCUGUUUGCGGCAGUCGUAGACAUACCGGCGAUAAGCCGCGAACGACCCGCCGCUGUCCUCCAGUGUCAGUGUGCCCUCUUCGGUGUAGAGCAGGAUGGGCAGCGGAGUGUGAGCAUUGUCACCAUCACCGUGCCACCCAUCGAGAAGGGAUGUGAUGGGUCUGAAGUGGACGGUGCCGUCCAUGGUGCCCCUCCCGCCACCCAGUCGGUAGUCGAUGGCCUUGGAUGUCCGCCACUCGCCCUUCAGAUAGUCGUACAUGUUGGCUGCCGGUGACGUAGGACUCUCAACAGAGGCCCUUGGCUGCAUCGUCGACCCCUGGACCACAGACGAGCACCUCACCUGCAUGAAUGCAUUAGGACAGAAGGAAGGUGAAUGAACAGAAAGCACCGAUGGCAUGAGUUGCAACGCACCUGCAUGAUCUUAGACGGCGAUGGCAUGAACGCAGAUGUGAUGGAUUGCGCAUGGCACGUCCCGACAAGCCUGAGAGGCCGUAGAUGAGUGGGCAGCGUCCUCAGCGGCUUCACUGCUGGAGCGAUGAGCAGAGCACAGACACACGAGAGGCGGGAGAUGAUGAAUGGCGGCGCCAGAUCUGUUGCUUGGCACGUUGGAACAAACGAGAAGGGCCCCCGGCG